AUGGCCCACACACUGGUAGGCCACUACCUCAGGGAAGAAGAGUCCUUCCUAAACAGGCUUCGACUGAAUCUCGGGCAAAGCGAUGAGAACGAUGUCGUAGUCCUUAUCCUGGCUGCCUUCAUCGUUGCCUUGGGAUUCCAAGGUUGCCCCGAUAAUGACAGGUUCUUGCGGAAACUGGAGAACUUCCAGUUGAGAGGACUAGAUUGUCCUAGCGCAGAGGUCACAGCCGAGUGCAUUGAAGUGGACCUCGACUUCUUGGUCGCACGAAAGGCCGCGCUUCACGACUUGGACCUCCAGAUCUUGGUGCUCACGGAGGAUGACAAGUACGACGACGAGGUGCACGGCAUACUCGACUGUGAGCAGCAGUUGGAGGCCGCCAUCACAAGAGCGAAACGAAUGCUACGAACCACGUCAGCGGUAACGGUGCCAGCUCCGGGCGCCCCCACGGUCGCGCAGGGCGACGCGGCGCGGAGCUGCCCAACGAGCCGAGCUGUAUCGUUGCCGAAGCUGCAAAUACCGAAGUUCGGGGGCAAGUUGCAGGACUGGGCCCGCUUUUGGGAGCACUUUCAGGCGACCGUCCACGACAACCAUUCAUUGGCCGCGGUGGAGAAGUUUAAAUACCUUCUAUGCUACGUCACCGACGACGCCAAGCGUACCAUCGACGGGAUCAGCCUAAGCGGUGCCAACUACAACGUGGCGGUCGAAGCUCUAAAGCAACGCUUCGGUCGCACAGAUCUUCUCGCAGCGGAGCAUAUCGAUAAGCUACUUGCGCUUCGGGCGAUCCACAGUAGCGAUGUGAUACAGCUCCGGCACUUAUUAGACGAAGCCUUCCGCCACACACGUGCUCUGGAAGCGCUGGAAAUUCCGCUAUCCAGUUAUGAAGUGGUACUGUACAGGGUCGUAUCGCGGUGCCUGCCUUCAGAGCUCUUCGUGCAGUUUCGGCAAAGGAGAAAGGAACUGGUCGCAUCUUCCGAUGUGAGCGCUACUGCGCCGCCCACGGAUGCGACGACAGCCUCACCAUCAGCAGCAACAGAGGUUAAGGCGCUGAUGGACUGCGCGUUCACGUCGAAGCGCGAGAGGAGGCUGUGCUUCACCGACCACGGCCUUCCCAUCAAGACCACGCGGAUGAUGAGAGGGCCAUCGUCGCAAGCUCCUGAACAGCCAACGUGCGCCCUUUGUCGGACCGCGGAUCACCGCAUUGCAGCAUGCUCAGCAUCUCUCACACCGGAGGAGAAGCGCCGGCGCCUCGCUUCAGAGCAUCGCUGUUUCCGGUGCGCGAGGCGCAAUCACCGCUGUUGUCGUUCGGCUGGGAGCCUGAAGUGCGGUAAAUGUCAGGGGAAUCACCUGACGGUGGUCUGUGAUAUACAGCCUCUGGCGAGCGGUCGGAGCGCAGCAGCCGAGCCAGUGUCGGUGCCAGCAGUCCAGGCCACAGCAGCCUCAACGUCCUCAACUAUUACGUUCUUGCAAACAGCCACAGCGACGAUAUCCGGUCCCGGUGGGUCUGCAGAGGUGCGAGUCUUGCUCGGGAGCCAAAGGACAUUCGUCACCGAAAACCUUGCCCGACAGCUUCGCUGCCCCAUCCAGUCUUCGGAAGGCCUGUUUGCGUUUGGCUCAACGCAGGCCUCCACAUUCCGAACGUACGACUGGGUCUCAUUGUGCGUUGCUGGUUUAUGCCAGUCAUUGGAGGUGGAUGCCCUCGCCAUCCCGCACAUCUGUAGAUCGCUCAGCCCUCCAGUAGAUGCCCGAAUCACAGAAGUACUAAAGCACCGCGGUCUCCGUCCCGCGACGACUUCAUGCGCCUCACAGAACGUUGAUCUCCUCGUCGGUGCGGACCACUACUGGCGUUUCGUGUCAGGGAAGAUAGAGCGCCUCCCCAAUGACAUGACGGCCAUCGAGACAAUAUUUGGAUGGGUCGUCCACCCGGCUCGGCGCAGGACCACCAUGCCCUAA